AUGCUGCUGCUGAGCCGCUCCGCUCUCCAUCUCCCAGCCUUGUGGUGGUACCUCUUCCUCUCCACCGAUGCCCAGGAGGUGGCCACGUUCACGGUGCAGUACCGGGUGUUUGAAGAAGUGCCGCUGGGAACGGUGAUAGGGACGCUGGCCGAGCACUUCGAGGGGGGUGAGAGCGGCGAAACAGCGGAUAACUUCCAGCUGAUGGAGACCCCCGGGAGGGUACCUCUCCACGCGCCGCGGUUCCCCACGCCUGAGCUGGAGCUGGAGAUGUCGGAGAGCGCAUCCCUGCGGACACGGAUCCCGCUGGACCGAGCCCUGGACGCCGACGCCGGCCCCAACGCCCGCUGCUCCUACACCCUCUCCCCCAGCGAGCACUUUGCUCUGGAGGUCAUCUCCGGCUCCGACGGGAUGAGGCACGCUGAGCUUGUCGUGGUUAAAGAAGUGGACCGGGAGCUGCACUCCUCCUUCGACCUCGUGCUGACAGCCACUGACCAUGGGGAGCCGCCAAAAUCAGGUACCGCUUUAAUUAAAGUCAUCGUCCUUGACUCCAAUGAUAACAGCCCCGUCUUUGCAGAGAGCUCUUUGAUGGUAGAGGUCCGGGAGGAUGCUCUGCCCGGGACCCUCCUUGUGACGGUCACGGCCACCGACCCCGACCAGGGCCCCAACGGGGAGAUCGAGUACAGCCUGAGCAAGCACGCGCCCCCGGAGGUGCUGAGCGCUUUCGGCAUCGAUGCCCGCACAGGCAGCGUCAUCCUGAAGCACCCGCUGGACUACGAGGAAACCCAUGCCUACGAGCUGGACGUGCAAGCCCGGGACCUGGGCGCCAACCCCAUCCCAGCACACUGCAAGAUCCUGGUCAAAGUCCUGGACGUCAACGACAACGCUCCCGAUGUCCAUGUCACCUGGGCGGCGCAGGUCCCCGUGCUCUCCGAAGCCCUCCCCAAAGACAGCUUCGUGGCUCUGGUGACAGCCAGCGACCCCGAUUCGGGAAGCAACGGGCAAGUGCAUUGCUCCCUCAGUCAAGGGUACGAGCACUUCAGGCUGAAGAGGACCAACAGCCACAGCUACAUGCUGAUGACCAACGCCACGCUGGACAGGGAGCUGCGUGCCGAGUACAACCUGACGUUGGUGGUGCGGGACCAGGGUGACCUCUCCUUGGCCGUGCUGAAGCACCUCACUAUCUGCAUCAGCGACGUUAACGACAACGCCCCCUCCUUUGAGAAGGCCACCUACGAGGUUGCUGUUGCUGAGAACAGCGAAGCACCUGCCUUCUUGCUCACCAUCUGUGCCACCGACCCCGACCUGGGUUUCAACGGGAAAAUCACCUACAGCAUCCCGGGCUCUUCUGCUUCGGGUCUGGUCUCAAUCGACCCCACCACUGGGGAUGUUUUUGCCCUCCAAGCUUUUGAUUACGAGCAGGUGAGGAGCCUGGAGUUCCUGGUGACUGCAGAGGAUGGUGGUCACCCCAAGCUGGCAUCCAACGUCUCCAUCAGGCUGGCUGUGCUUGACCGGAACGACAACGCACCCAUCAUCACCAUGCCAGCGCUGGUGGGAGGCGCGGCCAUGCUCUCUGUCCUGGUCAAUGUGGAGACGGGGUGCUUCUGGGUGGUCCCUGGGAACGGGAGCACCCAAGGGACUGCAGCGGUGACCAAUGCAACACUCGUGUCGUGUGCCGGCGCUCCCUUCCUCUUCACCAUCGCGGCCAGGGAUGCGGACUCUGGCAUCAACGGGGCUCUCCGGUAUGAUCUGGUGGGUGGGGAUGACGCCGGGCUCUUCAUCCUGGACCCUCUCUUGGGGCAGGUCUUCCUUAAUGCCAGCAACACCAGCAGCCUUGCUGGCAGCGAGCGGGAGCUGGUGGUCCGGGUGAGUGAUGGAGGGGACAUCCCCCUGCACGCCCUGGCCCGGGUCCGCUUAGUUUUCCGGCAUCACGGGGCGUUCUCCAAAAUCUCAGCCCAGGAUCCUGGGUGGCUGAGCCCGUCCGUGGUGGCUGUUAUCUGCCUGGCUGCUCUCCUGGGUGGGUGCCUUCUCCUUUUGGCUUUAACCCUGUCUUUGCGUAAGAAGGAGAAGAAGGACGGCAUGGCCUACAACUGCAGGGAGGCAGAGGACGCCCGCAGGCAGCAGCAGCUCAAGAAGCCACACAGGACCCUGAGAAAUCAGAGGACCCAAAAGGACUCAGAUGAGCAGCAGGGGACCUUCAACCUGCCCAUCCUGCAGCGCCGGCCCUGCCAGCCCCACAGACUGAAAAACUCGGCCAAAGAGGCUGCGAGCCCCCCGGAUGCACCGCCGCACUGCAAAAGCUUGGUGAAGCCACCACAGGGGCCCGUGGGAGAGCCCCUGCUGCCACCCAACCAGCCUUUCGCGAUGGAAUCUCCCCCGGUGCAGCAAAUCUCCCAGCUGCUCUCCCUGCUGCACCAGGGCCAGUUCCAGCCCAAAACAAACCACAGGGGAAACAAGUACACGGCCAAGAAUGGCAGCAGGGCUGCGGGGCUGGACGUUGACUGCCUGAGCACAAAGGACAGCGGGCACGGCGAGAGUGAGGCGGAGGACCGCGAUUCGGAGAACGGGUUUGAGCUCUCCGUGCAGCAGCUGGUGGGAGAGGAGCUGGAGCCCCUCCUGGAGCCACAGGCAGAGCUGGCCCUCAAGAGGCUGACAGCUGCUGACCCAGCAUGGGUGGCUCGGCUCUCCUUGCCGCUCACCAGCAAUUACAAGGACAACAUCUUCUCCCCUGACUCUCUGCAUUCACCUCAGGUUGAGGAAGCUGCAAGGCAGGAGAAACCAAGGACUUUUGAGACCUUCGGCAAAGGUGCCGGAGCCGACUCGAAUGCUGCUGGGACAAGACUGGCCAGCACUUUCCUUUCAGAAAUGAGCACCCUCUUUGAAAUGAUUUUGUCCCAGAAGGUUCAAGUCCACAAUGAAACAGGCUCGGGGCUUCUGCGGCAGCUGUCGGCACGUGGGAAGAGCCUUGGACUGGAAGACAGCGCUGCUGUUCUGUAG